AUGCUGGUGCCUACAACUGCAACAGUCAUCGCGACGCACGAUUUCCGACGGUCCUCCAGAACGAGACAGCCAUCACUUUUUCCCCAGGCGGGCCGACCGAUUGAUGCCAUUUUAUCGACCUCUCCUCUAACACUACUCGACGAAUCCGCACCGGGUGUAUUCCGUACGCACAAUCGUGUUCCACCUCGAGGCGCUGCAAAUGGUUCACGUCAUUUCCUGCCUUCCACCGCUCUCGUCUUCUCGACUUCAUCAUAUCCACGGCCCGUACGAAAGACUCAUCGCAAGUUCAAGCCCCUGAUGCCUCUGUUCCAGAUGGACCCGAACAUACAGGAGUCGGAAUCCGCAGGGCGGAAGCGCUCCCAUGACGAGUACGCCGGCGAAUCAAUGGAACAGCAGAAUGCUUCCGAACCGAAGAAGCCCACCUGCGACAUAAUAGCACCGUCCGAUUCACCCCUCCUCGCCGACGAGGGGAGGGUUUCUCCCGCAGACAAGGACCCUGCAGGACCAUCCGCCGGAAGCAACCGAUCAGCCUCGCCCCGGGGUGCCGUGGAGGCCGCGUGCACGUUGCAGUCAACAGAAGCACCUAAACCUGCCGUCAAGCGGAAGAAGCUGACGGCGAGCGAAAAGGACGCCGAAGCGGCAGCGAAGAAGCGGGAGCAGGAGGAGCGGACGGCGAAGCGAGAGGCGGACAAGGCCGCUCGAGCCAAGGAAAAGGCCAUCAAGGAAGCGGAGAAGGUGGCCAGAGCAAGGGAGCGCGAGGAGAAGCGCAGGGUCAGGGAGGAAGCGGACAAGCUCAAGGCCGAGAAGAAGCGAAAGGGGCUGGAGGAGCAGAAGCAACAGGAGGAGAAGAGGAAGCGGGCGCAGCCGAAGCUGUCGAGCUUUUUCAAGCAACCACAGCCGCUCGCUCUGAAGAAGAAGACGCCCGAACGCGAGCCCACGACCGAAUACGACAGGCGCUUCAAGGCCUUUCACCUCAGCGCCAACACGCGGUGGACGAAUGCCAGCGUGCAGAUGGAUGAGGAAACGAGAGCGGCCAAGUGUCGUGUCCUUGACGAGUACCUCAACGGCCAGCGAGAACGGGAGAGGACGGCGUUCGACGCCGUUGAGCUCCUCUGCCUGGCGACGAAACCGCAGGCUCGAGGCCGGCUACACCAUCCUGUGCGCCACAUCAUGGAGAGCGCGUACAGGGAAGCGGAGAAGAGCAAAAAGGGCGGAAAGCCGGCCAAGAAUGCGCUGGAGCAGGCUCGGGAGAAGCUUGCGACGGUACCGAUGAAGAUGAUUGCCUUUUCGCAGGAUGUCCGACCGCCAUACCUCGGAACGGUGACGUUCAAGACGUUUGCCAUUGGAAGCGGAAACAUGCGGAGGCUGGCGCGAAACUCGGCUCGCCGACGGCUGCCUCUGAAUUAUGACUACGAUUCGGAGGCCGAGUGGCAGGAUGACGAAGGCGAAGAUGUCGAUGUCGACGACGACGACGGGGAGGAGCUCGAGGACGAAGACGACAUGGAUGGCUUUCUCGACGAUUCCGACGAUGCCGGACUCGCGAAGCGCGUCUUUGUGAAUUCGAUGGAGCCCGAAAUCACGGGCAUCUGUUUCGAGGAUGACCUCUGGCUCGUUCGAAACCAGAGAGUGCACGAGCACAGGAUGGAGUUCCUUCACGGCAAGCACACGACCCCCUCUACCAUCUGGGGCAUCGAUCCUUGGUCCGGCCAGUACUGGGAAACGGAGCAGACGGGCAAGCCGGUCAAGGUCGCCGCCGCCGCGGAAGCGGCGGUCAAGAUGGCGCCUCCGCCAGCACCAUGCAACGCAUUUGCAACCCUCGGCGCAAAGACCGGGCCGGCCGCCGGCGCGAAGCUCGUCAAGUCGGAGCUCAUGGACGAUGUGAAGCGCGCGAUACUCAACAACAAGGCGCUGUCCAAAGUAGGCAUCAUCGACUUUAUCUUUCACCAAUUCCGAGACAACGUCUCGCGUGCCGAGGUGAAGAACACGAUCGAACUGGUUGCCGAGAAGACAGGGUCAGGCCGGAGCAAGGAGUGGACUCUGCGACCUGGACACGAAGUCGUUUGA